ACAAAAAUAAUUUUAUUAGAUUAAUUUUAUAAAAUAUUUUUAAAAUAUCAUUUCACUUAAUUGAUAUAUCAUAUAUUUUUUAUUUAUCUAUUGGUCAAAAAAUAAAAAUAAAUAACCGCGUAAAAGUUAAAACCUGACAAAUAUUCCGAAUGAUAAAUUUGUUGACCAAAAACAUUUUGUGGGGGUUGGUCCAGACUGUCCAAUAGACAUGGAGAAUCAGAACUAUACAAUAGUGACGAGCCAAUGCAAGGGGCCCCACUACGACGGGAAGAUAUGCUGCGGAGCAUUCAAAGAGCUGGCGUGCAAGAACAGAGACGCCCUCAACGCCGACAACAACAACUGCGCCACCGUCCUCUUCAACUACCUCCACCUCUACGGCAAGUACCCCGCCGGCCUCUUCGGCAACCUCUGCAAGGAAGACAAGAACGGCCUCGACUGCAAACAGGUUGACGAGAAAGAAGCCGCCGCCGCCGCCGCAAAGAGCGGCGCCUCCGACACCACACCCGGCACCAAAUCUACUGCCGCCGUGUUGCUCGUCGCUGCCGCUUCUUUUCUUGCUAUAAUCAUUUCGAGUAGAUGAAUAAUUGUUAUCCAUUUGUUGUGAAAGUGGGAACUUAAACCUAACUCGUGUAUGUGUGUAUAAUGUAUAGUACUCCACAUGAAAAAUUUGACUAAGUUUCCUAUAUUUUUUUAUCCAACCUAUUUUUGACAUUCUUAAAUUAGUUCAUCCUCUUUGGAAAUUAAAAUUCUUCCUCUUCUAAGGGACUGUUUGUUUCAGCCUCUUAAUGGUUCAGAUGUCUGAAUGGUUAAGAGAUUUGCCUCUGAAUGGUUAAGUAUUAUACAGAGUCUGAAUGGUUAAGACCUCUUAUCUGAAUUGAUCAGACAUUUGCCUCUGAAUAGUUAAGCAAUAUACUAGCUCUUAAUGG